CUCUCAUUCUCUGACCUCGCUACUAACGACAGCAUCCAGUGAUUCAGACAAUCGCCCACUGAUCCCCCGUCACAAUGCCGUCCAACAGACUCACCUACAGGCGACGUGCGCCAUACAACACCAAGAGCCAAAAGGUUCGCGUCAUCAAGACUCCCGGCGGCGAGCUCCGUUAUCUGCACAUCAAGAAGAGGGGAACUGCUCCCAAGUGCGGUGACUGCGGUACCAAGCUCCAGGGUGUUCCCGCUCUCCGCCCCCGCGAAUAUGCCCAAAUCUCGCGCCCCAAGAAGACCGUCCAGCGCGCCUACGGUGGAUCGCGAUGCGCCGGCUGCGUUCAGGACCGCAUUGUCCGCGCUUUUCUGAUCGAGGAGCAGAAGGUGGUCAAGAAGGUGCUCAAGGAGUCCCAGCAAAAGAAGCGUUAAGCGGAGCAUGGACGGGUCAAGGUGUUUAGCAUGUCAAAACUGGGUCAUCGGUGUUCAUGUGCAUUAUGGGCAGUCUCCUGGUUCGGUCGACUUUUACGAUAUCAAGACGAUUUGUGCGUCAGGCGGCCAGGAUGUAGCUGAGUAGGGUCAUAAAUACAUCCACAAGCUACGACAUGAGGUUCACACGUUCACACCGGGCGGCAGUAUGCGGUCGUGUUAAUAUCAGUCUUGGCGAUUCAC